AUUAAUAAAAACAAAACUUCCAUUUUUAGCAGUUCUCGUCCCAUUGAUAACAAUUUCAAAAUUGCGUGUUAAUGUGACGAAAUUUUUAUACCCACGGAAACGAUGACGUCCAGCAUUUUCAUGGGCAAUAUGGGUUGUGGAUAUGGCAUUGGCGUUGGAGGCAGUAUCCUUACUCGAGAAGACUCCUGUUACCAAAGAAGCUCUCGAGACUACACGAUUGGGGAGAUUGGUGAAUGAAAUGAGGAAGAAGACCAAGAAUGACAGUCUGGCCCGUAGAGCUAAGGACCUGGUCAGGAGAUGGAGGGACAUGGUUUCAAAGCCAUCAGAAAAUGGCACAGGUGGAACUGGACAAGGACCUGGUAUGCAAGGGGCCUCUUUAGUGAACCAUUUGCGUGUCGCGGGCGUGAAAAAUUCUGUUUCGAGUCCGGCUCUGUGCGAGAUGGGCCGAACAGCUAGUCCAGCUUUGCCAAGACCGGUUCACAACCUUGCAAUCUCACCUACCAGUCCGGCAUUUCGCGGUGUCACCCUCAGCCCAGCUUUGCAGCGGAAGUCCAGUCAGUCAACGGGCGGUUUGCAGCUGCAGCAACAACGUGUCAUCAGUCCCAGCAACUCUGUGGCUUCCAACACCAGCACCAGUCCUGGUUUGAGCUUCUCCCUUUCCCAAACACAUUCUAACUCGUCUAGACCAUCUACUCCUUCCUCCUUGGUGGUCAAGUCAAAGGCGAUCAGUCCCGGUCCGGGUCGGCCCAUGAUUGACUCGUCAGAGUUCCCUUCUAAAACUAAUCAUCACCGGGGUAUCAAGCGAACAAGAGACAACGAUGAAGAGACUAUGACGGGCUUCGAGCUGACGGGAAAGCGGUCGAGAGGCAGUAAUGGGGUGGAUUGGCCAUGGAUGGACGAAUGCAGCCGUGAUAGCAACUUGAGCUGGUCCGGAGACUCGCUGCGGAUGACAAACCACAGCGCCUUAGGUGGUGGAGAGGAUCGCUCCAUUUCUUCUUCAUCCAAAGCUUCCCGACCUCUCCGUGGAAGAAGCAAGGCAGAGGUAAACGUCAAACCGGAGCCAACAAGCGACGUACUCAGAGAAAAAUUCGCCUCAAUUGCCAGGGUUUCUAAGGUCAAAACGACCCAGGAAUUGCUGGAAGAUUUGGCGAGACGAAGUGGCUCGCCCAACUUAAUUGUUAAACCUGAAAUUCAUUCAGUCCAUCAGCAGCAACAUCAGCAACAACCUCUAACCGUGCCGCCGUCGAAUGAAGCCCGGCAGUGGCCUGAUGCAAAGCAGGAAAUCUUAGAUAAAUUUCUCCGAUCACAUUCUACUGAUCGCCGUAGUGACGGUAUCACGACCACGAGUACUGUAGUUAGCAAACCUAAAACUACUGCUACUCCCGCCAUAAAUGACCCGGUUGCGGAAAUUUACGCUCGUCUACCUCCUCUGGAUCCGGCGAUUGUUGCCUCCAUUUGGAAAGAAGAAGUUAAACCGGAAACAGAAGAGUUAGAAACAGACUCUUCUGUACCCGAGCGUCCAGUGACCGAUGAGGAUGUAGAUCUUCUGCACAACGGAUCAGUGGAUGACGUGAAUGGUUCUCGUGACAUCAACGGCGAGUUCCAUCAGUGGCAUGAGACUGUUACGGUCGCCUCCUACCAUGGAGAUCCUCUCCAUUUGUUGCCUUACGUCGUGAUCGAGUGAUUCCUCCUUUUUCUCCAUACCAUUCGAUCCGAGGCUGUGAAGUAACCAUACUGUACAAAGUGUAAUUUUUUCUUUCUCCUCCUCCCCUUCCUUCCCUCCCAAAGAUUGUAGAAACGACUUGGGGCGCCGAUUGAUCGCACAUUGAUUGUUUGCUGAUUAUAUAUUAAAGUAACUAAAACGAAAGGCAAGCCACCGCCGCACAUUCAAAGGAGAAAAAUUGACAAGGUCCAAGCUAUAGCCGAUAGUUUGCGGAAAUCAUAAAUCCCGCCGCAAUUUUCUUCGACUACGCUUUUUUCUAUUGGGUAAGGGCACACACGAGCUGAUACCCUCCGGAGGCCUUGCGUCUGUGAUUUUCUUUUCCCCUUUGACGGUGCGAUUGUGCGGAUGUUGACGAUACAAGCGUGAUGGAAAGGAAAAAGGAGGAGGUUAAAUGCCCUAGAAGUCUCGCCGCCUCUGCAGUAAACACAAAUGCCACACAAAAAAAAAGAAAAGAAAAACAAAAAAAAAAAACAUGUUAUAUUAAUCUAAGACGUUUUCCAGAUGCUAAGCUAGAGAAAUCCUUCUCUCGUUCAUCAAUAGCGGGCUGUAUUUUGACAUAGAAAGAAUAACGUGUUGUCUAGUCGGUGACGAUGUGAACGUUCUUAAUUUGUAGUAUGAUUACGAUUAUGAUAAUCCCUAGGUAGGGAAGAAUUCUUCGUAGUCGACCCUAAAUAUCUGAAAACAAGAAACAUUUGGAGGAAGAGAAAAAUUUUGUUUUCUCAUUGUUUGCUUUGCUGUUGCCAUGUUUUCCUCGAAUUUCAGUUUUUCAGUUCCCAUUCUCAUCUCUGAUUACAAUUAUUUCUUCUUUUU